GUCGAUAGCUACAGACCAGGAGACCGAUGGCCAAGCAGUGGGCUACAAGGGUUAUAGUUGCUUUCCAGUCGGCUUGCUGGUGUAUUGUCAUACUUCUUUUGCUUUCCCGUGGACUUAGCAAUCUCCGUUACAGUUACAGUGUAGAAUUUCAGCGCACAGCCAACACCACCGUCCCAGCCGACACCAGCGAGUCCGGGAGGGGCUACACCGUAGGUGUUUGCCUCAUCGUUGUGGCUGCACUCAUGAUUAUCGCCAGCCCAGCCAUCAUUGUAGCUAGAGCUUACGAUCGCCGCAGAUAUAGAAGUGUGGAACAGUUCCCAGACAUGGGACUUCCCCCACGCUACGAAGACAUAGUGAGCAGAGCACCGAGUUAUUCUUCAUUGUUUGACGGUUGUGAUGAAACAAGAGCUGAAGAUAUUAAUCAACAGCAAGGCAGAAUUACAACUGUAAAUGUGACUUGAAAAUUAUGUUUCAAUUUUAUUUAGGAAAGUUUUGCCUGUGAUAUUUCAGUUAUUCCAUUAAAAAGCAAUUUCUAAUUU